AUCGACAACCACGGUUGACACCACAACGGUUUCAAGUUCUAGUACCCAACCUGAAUCAACAACCACAGAUGACACCACAACGGUUUCAAGUUCUAGUGCCCAACCUGAAUCGACAACCACGGUUGACACCACAACGGUUUCAAGUUCUAGUGCCCAACCUGAAUCGACAGUAAGUUCAGAAGGAACAACCAUAGUUGACACCACAACGGUUUCAAGUUCUAGUGCUCAACCUGAAUCGACAACCACGGUUGACACCACAACGGUUUCAAGUUCUAGCGCUCAACCUGAAUCGACAACCAUGGUUGACACCACAACGGUUUCAAGUUCUAGUGCCCAACCUGAAUCAACAGCAAGCUCAGAAGGAACAACCAUAGUUGACACCACAACAGUUUCAAGUUCUAGUGCUCAACCUGAAUCAACAGCAAGUUCAGAAAGAACAACCACGGUUGACACCACAACAGUUUCAAGUUCCAGUCCCCAGACCGAACUAACAACCACGGCUGUACCAAGUUCCAGUGCCCAGACCGAACCGACAACCACAGAUGAUCCAUCUACUAUUACAACUGUUACAACUGUUUCACCGAUCAAGUGUGAGAAUGGUGGAACACCAAAGAAAGAAGGCAGCUGUUGCCUGUGUCCUGCUCUUUUUAGCGGCUGCACAUGUGCCGUUAUUGACAGCAUCAUUAGUCCUGAUAAGUUGGAAAGGACAGUUAACACUGCUAUUGAAGUUAAAAAGCCUUUCCUGCAAGAAUAUAAAAAUAAAUUUUCAGAAGAAUACCAGGAAUUUUCAACAAACUUCACAAAAGAGAUGGAUCAUAUUUAUUCUGCGAAAGUGAAAAACUUCAAAACUGUGGUAAACAUCACUCUCAAGGAAGCUACUGGCUCCAGAGGGAUGUUCUUUGCUGUGCUUCCUACAGACAGACAAUCCAGUGUUAAUGCUGAACACGAUAUCGUUGUGGAGGUUCCCAACACUAAGGAGGCUGAGGAGGUCUUCAACAAAACUUUUGAAGAGGUUAAAGUGGCUCUUGAGACUGUUGGAAGCUGUUCAUCAUCAGCUCCAGAUACAGGAUCAUGCCCAUCAUUUGGGGUUGGGAAAGUUCAGAAGGCAGUGAAAGUGCCAUUUGAUAAAGCAGUGGUCUGCAGUAAAGUGGAUGCUGAUUUUGUGGACUACUUUGGUCCUAAGGAAUUGGAUGGGGUGCUGAAAUGUGUGUCCCAGUGCGAUGACGCCCAUGACCACACCAAACACUGCUACAACCACGGCAUCUGUGAGAUGCUCAGACAGGGACCCACCUGCUACUGUAAGCAUUCGGAUCAGAACUGGUUCCUGGGCUCCGACUGCCGCAACCCAGUGCACAAGACAGGUUUAUACACUGGCCUGGGUGUUAGCGCCGCCCUGUUGGUGGUCACGAUUGCUGCGCUAUCAGCUUAUAUUGUCCUGAAGCAGAAACGAGUGAAGGACGUGAAGAAACAACUGGUGACGGAGUGGAUGGACGAAGACAUUCAGUGGCCCUCCUCUGCCAGCAGGGCAUACACACGUUCAACAGGAAUGAAUGACAACCCCGCCUUCCACCAUGGCCACAUGCAGCAGCAUUCCCGUGGAAACCAGCCCGGCUUCCACAACGGCUUCCCCCCGGCGCCGGGCCACAACAGCCCCAUAGGUGGGCCAGGCUGGUCCGGAGGAGGCCUACAGGAGGGCCCCUCAUUCAGAAACCCCCUGCUGGAUUACCCAGCAUACCCCUCUGCUGCCUCAGCGAGGCCUCCACAGUACGCCCACCCUGCUUACGCAGACCCACAGAUCCAGCUGUACAACCUGCCCAUGUGGAGACAGGCCCACCUGCGGUCCUCUGUGAGCUCUUAUGAUAUUUAGUGUUUGUGGAGACUGGAUCGUGAGCACUCACUCUCGUAUCAUCACAGCUCCACACUGCUGCUUGGGAAAGAAGCAAAUGAACAUUGAUUUAAACAAAUUGCACAUCUUAAAAAAAAAAACGAUUAGAAAAAUGUUGUUGAACUUGAUCUUAAGUGAGCAGUGUGUGAUGAUGGGUUUCUAAUGGACUACCUCAGUACACUAAACCUGCCUGCUAUGCAAUGCGCACUGGGCCCGUAUUCACAAAGAAUCUUAAGGCUUAACGUAGCUUAAGUAGAAUUUUAUAUUUUAGUAGGUUAUUCAAUUUCAUUAUCCUAAAAACCCAGAGUCCCCCAGGCUUAAUGUAGCUCCUAAACUCCUAAAGAGAUUCCUUAGUUAAUGGGUGUCAGUCAUAAUUUUUUAGCAUUUUGCCGUUAACGUAGCUUCUAAACUUCUAAAGAGAUUCCUUAAUUAAUGGGUGUGUCAGUCAUAAUUUUUUAGCAUUUUGCCGUUAAAAGUAGCACCUGAUUGUGCAUUGUAGUAACGCCACCAACAGCAAUCAAAAGCAUCCAACUGUAACUAAUUUCGCUGCAGGCUAAAUCAAAUCAAACUGCUUCAUACAGAUUUUUUUUUUUUCCGUUGUAAAUAUUUUGCAUCAAUCGAGUCCCUAGCAUCAGCUGUUUUUUUUUCAGCAGGGGUCUCAAGCAGCUUAGGCUAAUCAUAUAUCCUCCCAGCCAUAGAUAUAUAUAGAACACUAGAUGGAUUGUUCUAUGCUCCCAGCGCCUACCUGUCAAUCAUCAGGCAAUCCCUGUGGUCACUGCAAGCUCAUGCAUGAGAAAUGAUGUCAUCCAUAGCAACGGAGCUCUUAUCUUAUCUUUGGAGGUUUUAGGAGAAAAGAUAAAAUGCUUUGUGAAUACGGGCCUAUAAAAAUAAUUAUGCAAGUA